AUGCGAGUGCCACGCAAUCGCCAAAGGGCUCUAUUUUGGAGCCAACAAAAAAGACCUAAGCCACAGCCAAAGAAUUACAGGAUAACGCUAACCACCUGGCGGCGAAUUUUGUCCAGAAAUACAGAUGAGUUCUGUCGCAACACCACAAUUCAUGGUUUGAAAUACAUUAACAACAGCAAAAUGCGUAAUAGUGAUAGAUUCUUUUUCGGUAUAGCCCUGCUGACAGUGCUUGCAAUUGCAAUUUAUCUAAUACAGGACGCUUUCGAUAAGUGGAACACCAAUCCGGUUAUAGUAGGCAUCGAUCCGGAAUUAACUUCCAUUGCCAACGAACCCUUUCCGGCAGUGACAAUCUGCAAUUUAAAUCAGGCUUUAAUCGAAAGGGUCAAAAACUUGGCCAAUGAUUCUAUAGAAUUUGCAAUGCUGCAGUUGCUUUGUCGACGAAAAGUUGAUAUCGAAAUAGUCAAGGGAAGUGGUUCCAAUUGGGAGGAGCUUAUACUGAAUAUCUCACAGCCCUGCAAAUCAAUGGUGAUUAACUGCCGAUUUGGCGCCGAUGAUUACGAAUGUGCAAGUUUAUUUCACCCAAUUGUGACCGAUGAAGGUCUAUGCUGUGUAUUUAAUAUGCUACACCCCAGGUUUAUGUAUAGGAAAAGCGUUCCCUAUUCACAUCGUAAUAUAAGCCUACCUGUGGGCUUCCAUGCAGUCAACUGGAACGCCGAGUUAGGAUACCGGAAGCGAGGUUCCCAACCGGAUGUCGAUAAUCCGCUGUAUCCUCGACGAUCCCAAGGAACAGGAGAGUCGCUAGGACUAUCGCUAACUCUGGAUGUCCAAGCAGAUGACUACUACUGUUCGUCGUCGAGCAGCAUUGGCUUCAAGAUCGCCCUGCAUAGCCCGAAUGAGUCUCCGAAUGUGCGGGAGACAGGAGUCCUUUUGGCACCCGGAAUGGAGACCAAACUGCGAAUAGAUCCCGCGAAAAUCUUGACGGAGAAGCAUCUCCGCAAUGUGGACCGCAUGAGCAGGCGGUGUUUAUUCCGCAAUGAGCUAAAGUUGCGAUGGUUUGCCCACUACACGCAAAGAAAUUGCGUGGCUGAGUGCAUGUCCGGGUGGCUGAUACGGCACUGCGGCUGUGUUACCUUCUAUAUGCCCCGAUUGAACAGCAACGAUACCAUAUGCCCGCUGCACAAGAGAGAAUGUGUGGAGCUAAUUCGAUUCAGGACUAUUGUGGCGAUGGAAUCCUGUUUGGAGGAGUGCCUGCCAUCGUGCUUUGAUCUCUCCUUCAGUGCGAUUGCCUAUUCCACGAGAAUCUCGCACGAUGGAUUCAGGGAGACUCCUUCGAAUCGCGGUUGGAACUUCUCAGAUGCCUAUGUAGAGCGCAGCGUGGCCGUGGUGAAUAUGUAUUUCAAGGAUCCCACAUUCAGGGCCAACAAACAAACGGAAUUUAUUGGAUUCUCUGAUUUUUUAUCUUGUGUUGGCGGUCUGAUGGGAUUAUUUCUCGGCUUUAGCUUUCUUUCCAUCGCCGAGUGUAUAUACUUCGCCUUGAUACGUCCCUGCCGUACUUGCUCAGAAAUCCGCCAACUUAACCAGCCAAAGGAACAGCAAAUUAACUUAAAUAUGAAUUUGCCAGCAGGCAACAUCAGAUACAUUUCACCAGCAAAUUGGUUUCAAAACGAGUUGGCCCAUCAGCUGCCUCAUAACAGGCAGCACUUUAAUCCUGCUUAA